AUGGCACAAUCAACCCACCGCGAUCCUACGGUAACGUUAAGGGAUCACACCGACUACACCGGAUGGAUCACGCAACUGCAGGCCAGAUGCGUCGUCUAUAAAGUCUGGGACAAGAUCAACCCCAAGUCUACAGCCCUAGAAAUACCAAAACCAAUCGCCGUACGAGCUCCGAGCGUUGUGGACUACGCGCCAGCUGUAAACAUCGACGUACCGACGAAACCGACCGAACUCUCAACAGGAGGACAAAAAGCGUUUAAGGAAGAUCUUGAAUACUAUAAGAUCCUGCUUGAACAAUACAAGAGCGAUCGCCAUGAAUAUAAGAAGGAGCGAUCAAGCAUGCAACAAAUUGUCGCAUUCAUCCAAUCAACAGUGUCCCCGCAUCUGCUGCGCACAUGUUGCUUGCCAGACAAAUCACUCAAACAAUGGAUUACUGACUUACAAUUGACAGUCGGAGUCGACGAACAAAUCGAACAAGAACGAGCCCGAGACCGAUACCUCUUGGCCCUCAAGCCGAUGAGAAGCGCGUCACAAUGGGACACGUGGCUAGCCGAGUAUGACCAGGCAGCUACAGAGGCGGAGACAUAUCGAGUCGCCGAACUAUCACAAUUAAACGUGAUCACAAAAGACUUCCUGGCAGCCGUGAACAAAGUUGCGCCCAUAUGGUCCACAAACUUUCAGGACAAUGGUAGAUUUGCAACUGGCAUGAGCCGGAAGGAGAUGAUGAAACGCUUCCGAGAACACAUGAUGAUGCAUUAUCUUCUUAGAUCAGGGAAACACAAGGCCUUUAUGGCUGAUGAUGCAUCGUUUCUCGCUGAAGGGGGUGCAACCUCCCAGAGCAAUGAAGGGGACGCCCGACAUGCUGAAAGCGCAUCAUCUGGCAACUGGGGCAGACCCCGUAAUCAACGUACAGCGGGUAGGAAAACCACCACGCUUAAGCGGCCUUCAGAUCAAGGACCUGCUACCACUGGGGGAGCAAAAUGCCCUGCAUGUGGACAACGCCAUAACAUACGGGACUGCUAUUAUGUCAAUCCAGACAAGGCGCCCGAAUGGUGGAAACCAAAUGAGACUAUUAACGAGCUCAUAGAAUUUAAGCGCCAACAUGACGUAUCAUUUCAAGGGCUUCUCCGCGGCCAGAGUAUGACCCGGUCAAGAACCCCACAAGUGAUCAAACAGUCACACACUCCAACACCUCCAACGCCCGAGAUCAGAGAAGAAUGA